GACUGACGUUCUGAUGGUCCAAUUCCUCCAUGACACAGAUCCAUAAAGGCCAGUGACACAAUGACCCAUUCAGAGAGAGGAGCUAGACCAGCAGUGCCUCAACCUUCUCAUCUCUGGACAGAAGGCUCCAGAAAAGCAGUUCCAUAAUGACAGCUGUGGAAACAAAGAUGUCCAUGAGAAUUCUUCUCCUGCUGCUCUGGCAUGGGAUAUCUGUGUCCCUAUCUGUUCUCUCUGAGGAUAGGUAUUCACAGCUCAGCUCCCCAGAAUUUGUGACUCCCUUGAAGAUAACUAGCAGGGGCAGAGAUGCAAAGGCUCCAGGAUGGCUGUCUUAUAGCCUGAAGUUCGGGGGUCAGAGACAUGUUGUCCACAUGAGAGUCAAGAAAUUCCUGCUUUCCAGAAACCUCCCAAUAUUGACCUAUACAGACCUACACGCCCUCCACCAGGAUCAGCCUGCUGUUCCUGCUGACUGCUAUUAUCACGGUUAUGUAGAGGGGAGAUCCAAUUCCCUCGUUGCUCUCAGUACCUGUUUUGGGGGCUUUCAAGGAAUGCUACAAAUAAGUGGCCUUGCUUAUGAGAUUGAGCCCCUCAGGAACUCUACAACAUUUGAACACCUGGUGUAUAAGCUAAACAUUAAUGGAACACAACUGCCAUCUAUGAGGUGUGGCUUAGCAAAGGAAACAGCGUACCAACAGUUUAAAUCUGGAGAGACUGAGAAAUCGACUCUGAAACAAAAUUCGACUGAAAUGUGGUGGGCCCACUCAUGGUUUCUGGAGCUGGUGGUGGUGGUUGAUAACGGUUUCUUCAUGUCCUCUCAAAGUAACUUCUCAAAAGUGCAAGAGGAUGUAUUUUUCAUUGUGAACGUAGUGGAUUCCAUCUAUCAGCAGUUGGAUACUUAUGUGAUUUUGAUUGGGAUUGAAAUUUGGAAUCAUGGCAAUGUCUUCUUGAUGACAAGCAUAGAACAGGUUCUGGAGGAUUUCUCCCGGUGGAAACAAGCCAGUCUUUCUCAGCUGCAGUAUGAUACUGCACAUAUUUUCAUUAAAAACUCACUUAUAAAUGUCCUUGGUAUAGCCUAUGUUGCAGGAAUAUGUCAUCCUCCUAUUGAUUGUGGAGUCAAUAAUUUCCAAGGAGAUCCCUUGUCUCUUUUUGCUCUUACUGUGGCCCACGAGUUAGGCCACACAUUGGGUAUGCGCCACGAUGAAGAAUUCUGUGUGUGUAAACAAAACGACUGUAUCAUGAAUGCUAUCAGGAUGCCAGCAGAGGGCUUCACCAACUGUAGCUAUGCCGACUUUGCAAAGACCGCUUUAAACCAGGGGUCAUGUCUGUCCAGUCCUCCGAGUCCAGGUAAAGUGCUCAUGCUGAAGCGCUGUGGGAAUGGUGUGAUUGAAGGAGAAGAAGAAUGUGACUGUGGAUCUACACGGCAGUGUGAGAAAGACCCCUGUUGCCUGAUGAACUGUACUCUGAAGCCUGGAGCAACUUGUGCUUUUGGGCUUUGCUGCAAAGCUUGCAAGUUCAUGCCAUCAGGGAGACUCUGUAGACAUCAGGCCAAUGAAUGUGACCUUCCAGAGUGGUGUAAUGGGACAUCUCAUGAAUGUCCAGAAGACAGAUAUGUGCAGGAUGGGUUUCCCUGUAGUGGCAGUGCCUAUUGCUAUCAAAAGAGAUGUAACAGCCAUGACAAACAGUGCAGGGAGAUUUUUGGUGAUGGUGCAAAGAGUGCGUCUCAGAGUUGCUAUACAGAAAUUAACUCCCAAGGAAAUAAUUUUGGUCACUGUGGUAUAAGUGGCAUGACAUACCUUAAAUGUAAUAUAUCUGAUGUCUUUUGUGGGAGAAUCCAGUGUGAGAAUGUGAAAAAGAUUCCCCAUCUGCAAGAUCACUCAGCGCUGCAGUCCACUCACAUCCAUGGUGUCACCUGCUGGAGCGUCAACUAUCAUUUAGGGAUGAACACGCCUGAUGCCGGUGAAGUGAAAGAUGGCACCAUGUGCGGUCCCGGAAAGAUCUGCAUGCACAAGCAAUGUGUCAGACUGUCUCUGCUGUCACAAGACUGCCUUCCUGAGACCUGUCACAUGAGGGGGGUUUGCAAUAACAAACAUCACUGCCACUGCAAUUAUGGUUGGGCCCCCCCCAACUGCCUGCACAGAGGCUAUGGAGGGAGUAUUGACAGUGGUCCAGCAUCCACCCCCAAACUUGUCUUGCCACUUGUUGUGAUUCUUGGUCUGGCUGUUUCCUUUUUACUGAUGAUUGCUAUAUUCUUGUACCUUCUAAAAUAUAUUCAUCCAAAGAAGACGAAGGUUCACUCUUCAGGUUAAAAACAGCUUAGAUUUGUAUUCUACAUAUUAUUUUUUAGAUGCUUGGUGGUAGAGGUGUUUCUACUUGCCAGAAAUCAAGCUCGCUUCUGAAAAUUUACAGAAAAAAAUAACAGUGAAUUUCCCUUCUAUCAUCAGAAAUAUUGCCAUCAAGCGUAGUUAAUUCCUAACAUCCUCCUGGAUGCAGCUCAUUAUCAUAAGCAGCAAAUAAAAUAUCUGCUCUCAUC